UUUUUCUGGAGCUAGUGACCUAAUUUUGACUAUGGUGUCCAUUAACAAUCUGUUUACAUUCACUUUAUCUGUGGCUACAGGAAAGAAUGACACAAAUGAACAUUGAACACGUCAAACAAAAAUAGUUUUGUGUUUUACGAAGAUAUGAAAUGAUGUUUUGAAAAUGUAUUUAUUGACGGACUUACGAUUUUGGAGUGCGUAGAAAUUUCCUAGAUUGAUUCGUAUAAAAAAUAUAUUAUAUCGGCGAAUUGGCUUUAUACCAAAAUGAAGGCUUUACUAGCAACUGUGAUCAGUCUUGGACUUACGACUGUGGUUAUCGGCAAUGCCUAUUACCAGAAAAAACAGUUUUACCCUUCGAUAGUUUAUCUAACAAAUUCUAAUCCAAGCAUGGCUGUAAUGUAUUUGCAAGCCUUUAUACUAGUACUACUAGUUGGUAAACUAUUGAGGAAGAUAUUCUUUGGGCAACUUCGUCCAGCAGAGUUUGAGCAUUUGAUUGAAAGGUCGUGGUAUGCUAUAACAGAGACAUGUUUGGCAUUCACAGUGUUCAGAGAUGAUUUUAAUCCAAAGUUUAUUGCGCUGUUCACUCUCCUAUUAUUCCUCAAAGCAUUCCAUUGGCUGGCUGAAGAUAGAGUAGACUAUAUGGAGAGGAGUCCAGUGAUAGGGUUGUUGUUCCAUGUGAGAAUACUAACACUACUGAUGCUGCUGGCUCACGCUGACUUCUACUUCAUCCACCAUGCAUACCAGUUCACAGCUGUAAAGGGACCUUCUGUUCAACUCGUAUUUGGCUUUGAGUACAGCAUUUUAAUUAUAAUGAUUGUCAAUAUAUUGAUUAAGUAUGUUCUCCAUGCUAUUGACUCGCGCUGGGAAGCCCCAUGGGAGAGCAAAGCCGCAGUAUUGCUGUACACAGAGCUGGCUAUUAACUUCCUUAAAGUUCUCCUCUACAUUGGCUUUGUGGCAGUCAUGGUCAGAAUUUACACAUUACCACUCUUUGCAUUCCGACCUAUGUAUGAAACUAUGAGGAGUUUCAAGAAAGCGUAUAAUGACGUGGUGCUGUCGAGGCGCGCUAUUCGCAACAUGAACACUCUGUACCCGGACGCCACGCCCGCAGAACUUGCUGCCGCCGACAACGAGUGCAUUAUAUGCCGCGAAGAAAUGCAUACUGGUGCAAAGAAGUUACCGUGCAAUCACAUAUUCCACGCGGCGUGCUUGCGGCUGUGGUUCCAAAGACAACAGACGUGCCCCACGUGUCGGUUGAACGUGCUGCGUGCACCGGCGCCUGAGGCGGCCGGGGCGCCGGGUCCUGCGCCCCCCGCACCGCCGCUGGUCGGCCUGCCACCCCACGCCGCGCCUGCGCCCCCGCCACCCGGACCUGUACCUCCUCCCUUCCCGAACAUGCCUCCUCCGCCACCAAUGAUGGCGUGGGGAAUGCCGCCGCCUCCGCCGCCGCGCCCGGCGUCUCUUGCCAACCUCACCACCGCGGAGCUGCAGCGCAUGGAGGGCAACGAGCGCAGGAACAUUGAAGCCAGGCUACAAUUGCUUCGAGAAAUUCAAGCAAUGUUGGACGCAUCCGUGCUGCUCAUGCAGCAGUACUCGACGGUCGUAGCUAACUUGCCGCAAAACAACGUGACUGUGUCUACGCAAACGGAAACAAGAAUAGAGGAGUUAAUAAAGGAGUCCCCGAUAUCGACGACUCAAGGGAAAUCGGAGCCGGACGUGGUGCCGACCACUUCAAGUUACAAGCAACCGUCGCCAGUGCCCUCCACCAGCAAAACUAUAGUCACGGAGGACACAAGUCCCAUGCAGCCUGAUACCACUACUCCUGUAGACACUAAUAGAGACAAGACUGAUGUGGACGCGGCCGACGAGUUGAGAAGACGUCGAUUGCAGAAGUUUGCGUUGGAUAAAUGAGCUUGUUUAUAUCUUUUCGUUUCGAUUUAUUGAUGUACUAUUAUUUAAUGUACAAAGUGUUUUGGUAUGUGUAAGCAUUAUCUAUUCUAAUUCUAAUCUGAAAAAUAAAUGUAUUUAUGUUCUUGUAAAUAUAAUGGGAUAUACACAUGAAUACAUUACAAUCUUACUUUGCUUUCUUAUCGAUACAUACUCUCUUCUAUAUGUCUAUUUAUUCUAUCGUUAGGUUUGGAGUUUGUAUUUGAAAUGAUAUACACCUUCAGAAAAAUAAAUGAAAUUUUGAAAAAUUGCUGUGAGAGAAGGAGUUGUGAUGAAAUAAAACAAUUUUUUACACUAUUUAAUUAAUAUAAUUAGACUACUCUAUUAGAUAAACUUGGUGGCUUAACAGUUAUAUAAAGCAUUUAUGUACCCAUAUACUUUGUUGUUAUAAUUCUCUAAGACAGGCAUUCCACCAAAGUAACGACUGGAGCCAUACAGUUUGAGGUUGUUCUUGCAGUACCAGACGUUUUUAGUGCCCUCAGUUCCAUCUACAUUCAAAGUGUUCAAUUCCAAAACCCCAAAAUGGUAUUUUUGACCAUCUGUUUGUAUGCAAUUUAUGUAUAUUGGUUCCGGUAGGUCUUUUACAUCCUCCUGUGAGUAAACAUACACAUUUAUUAGUAUAUUGUAA